UUUCUAACAGACCUCGGGAAAGCUCUCAUUUUUUUCUCCCCUCACCAAUUUUCUUCAUCAGAGGAAUGACCGUAAGGGCGUACGGACGUAUACACACAGAUACGCAUCCAUGUUUGUGUAUGUAGGCAUGUACAUGUAAGUACAGGCGAAGAAGAGAUUGGUCUGGUUCAAGAGGAUUGGAGCUAUGUCCUGUUUGGGUAGGGUUUUGUCCUUGUCCUUUUCACCGAAGCCGUGUCAUCCGUACAAUUCACGGUUUUCGGUUUGUGGAUUAGUGCUAUUAAGGAGGGAACGGAGGUUGAGAUGGCGAUCAAUGGCGAUGGAGCCGGAAUCUUCACCUGUAAUUCCCUCGAUUGACUCAGAAUCCGCCGAGAAAAUCGCCGCCGGAUUUUGUAUCAUAGAAGGGCCUGAAACAGUGCAGGACUUUGCCAAAAUGGAACUACAAGAGAUUCAGGACAACAUUCGAAGCAGGCGGAACAAGAUUUUCUUGCACAUGGAAGAGGUCCGGAGGCUGAGAAUACAGCAAAGGAUCAAAAACGCCGAACUCGGUAUCACGGGCGAAGAGAGAGAUAACGAACUCCCUAGUUUCCCAUCGUUCAUCCCGUUCUUACCUCCAUUGAGUGCUGCCAAUUUGAGAGUUUAUUAUGCCACUUGCUUUUCCCUUAUCGCGGGGAUCAUCCUCUUCGGCGGCCUUCUAGCCCCCACGCUUGAGCUGAAGUUGGGCAUAGGAGGCACCUCAUAUGCUGAUUUCAUUGGCAGUGUCCAUCUACCUAUGCAAUUAAGUCAAGUUGAUCCGAUAGUAGCAUCGUUUUCUGGGGGAGCUGUUGGCGUGAUCUCGGCACUGAUGGUAGUGGAAGUGAACAACGUGAAGCAGCAGGAGCACAAACGGUGCAAGUACUGUCUUGGAACAGGGUAUCUAGCAUGUGCACGUUGCUCAAACACAGGUUCCCUUGUCCUGAUAGAACCAGUGUCAACUGUUGAUGGUGGGGAUCAUCCUCUAUCACCUCCCAGAACCGAAAGAUGUCCAAACUGUUCUGGAUCUGGAAAGGUGAUGUGCCCAACAUGUCUGUGCACUGGAAUGGCUAUGGCCAGCGAGCAUGACCCUCGGAUUGACCCCUUUGAUUGAAGACAACAAUGUUUUUUGAAAACAAGAAACUGAUCUCCACAACAAUGGUCAACUGUUACUGAACCAUAAAUUAGAUUUAUAGGAUACAGUGGAAGGAAAUCUGCCAUUAACACAGCAAAAAGAAGCUCUUCCUCUCUCAACAAUCAAAUCCUAGAUUCUUUCUUUA